UGUUUAUAGUUUGAGCAAUAUUUAUUUCUAUAUAGAGACCUCUAAGGCCUAUAAUUAGUGUGUAAAAUCAUGAAGCUAAUUAAGGGAACAUCAUCCCAUCUUUAUAUUCUCAUAAUCUCAUUUACUGUUUUUUAUUACAUGUAUGUUAAUAAUUUGUCUUUUGAUCUUUAUUCUUUAAUAUUCAAAAAUAAUUUACCGAAAACACCCUAAUACCAUGAUCAAUAUCUAUAUGUAUAUGGACUAUUUACAAGUUCACAUUAUACGUAAUUCACAACAUGUGUUAGCAUCUUCCCAAAUGUUAAGGAACGUGUCGAUGAUUAAGGCGUAGACGUACUACGUGCAGCUGGGUUGAAACCUUGAGAAGACCAAUACUCCAUUUGGCAUACACCUCUUCUCAUAUAAAUCUCACCCAAAACAACUUCAUUUUUACCACUCAAAAUUAAAUAUCAAAAUCCUCAAAUUAAUUAAUGAAGACAUUUGGAGCUUUCGUUCUUAUGUUUCUUCUUGCAUCCUUCGCCAUAACAGGGCCAAGAAAGACAGAAGCAAGGAUGUGCAAAGCUCCGAGCAAACUUUUUAGGGGAAUGUGUGGUAUUAGGGAUUCCAACUGUGAUAGUGUUUGCAAGGCGGAAGGAAUGGCCGCUGGAGAUUGCCAUGGAUUUCGUAGACGAUGCAUUUGCAGCAGGCCUUGUCCUUAAAUUACCCUAAUUAAUUAAUACAUCACCCUUUUAUUUCACCUCUAAAUAAUGAUAACAAAUGUUUCUAUUUUCAUCAUUAGCUUUAUUAUGACGUAGCUACAUGCAUAUAUGUAAUCUUAAUAUAGCGCCUUGCUAUCACUCUAUAUCUAUGUUUAAAUAAUUUCAUCUUUUAUGUAUUAGUUUCUUUUCACAUCAAUGAUAUCUAUAUGCGUGUACUUUUCAUUGAGUCUUUCCUCUCAUUGUCAUUGCUUUGUUUUGAUAGUAUGAUUUUUUU